AUGGACAAGUUUUGUAGCAUGUUUGGGCAACAAGUAAGUCAAGAGAAAACUAGAAUAUUUUUCUCUAGAAACGCGAGUCGCUGUAAGCGUGAUCAACUAGUGCAAGUUUAUGGAUUUUGUGAAACAUCUUCUUUGGGAAAAUAUCUAGGAGUUCCUUUAACUAGAAAGGCUUCAAAGAAAAGGGAUUAUCUAUACAUUAUUAAUGAAGUGAACUAUAAGCUUACUAUGUGGAAAGGGAACCAACUAGCUUUCGCAAGAAGAGUUACUCUUGCUAAAAGUGUUAUAGAAGCGCUUCUGAUCUACCCUAUAAUGACUCAUGAUCCGGAGGGUUCUCAGGAAUGGUUGCAGGAUUAUGCUAAUCAAUUGGAGGAACUACUGAAGGAUGAAGCACAAGUUUUUGUGAUGUUUGCAUCCCUGAAGGCUGAAAGUAAAGCAAAGAUAGAUGAAUUUCCGGUGGUGUGUCAUUUUCCAGAGGUGUUUCCAGACGAUAUUAAUGAUCCUCCACCAGAAAGAGAAGUGGAAUUCAGUAUUGAUUUGAUACCAGGAACUAGAUCGAUAUCUAUGGCACCGUAUAGAAUGUCUCCAACAAAGUUAGCUGAAUUGAAGAAGCAAUUGGAAGAUUUACUUGAUAAGAAGUUCAUCAGGCUGAGUGUAUUAUCUUGGGGAGAUCUGGUGUUAUUAGUGAAAAAUAAGGAUGGCGGUAUGAGAUUGUAUAUAGAUUACCGUCAGCUCAACAAGGUUACUAUAAAGAGUAAAUAUCCACUUCCCAUAAUUGAUGAUCUUAUGGACCAUCUAGUGGGAACAUGUGUGUUUAGUAAGAUUGACUUGAGGUCGGGGCAUCAUCAGAUAAGAGUGAAAGAUGAUAUUUUUAAGAAUGCCUUUAGAACUUAG